GAGCAACAUAUAUCAAGUUUUCAACUCCCCUAGGCUUCAAUUCCUAUAUCUACCUAUAUACUCGUUAUUCCUAAACAAUCUGGAUGUUCUUAAGAUUCUGUUAAGCUGCUAUCAAGUUAUGGGUUAGAGACCAGAUAGUUUACCUUAAGACUUAAGUACAUACAUAUCAUGGCUGCCUUCUCUGUAUUGGAAGGCUAGCACCUGGGAGCGUUAGUAGUCACUCGUGAGUAGCGGCUAGAACUUCAUAUUCGGGAAGAAAGAGAAGCAGAACCAACAUCACAAUGGAAACUCAUGUCGCUUGCUUCAACGCAACAGGUUCGUCUUUUAUUCCCGGAACUUGCGCACAGUGCCGGCAUCGUAAGGUCAAAUGCGAUAAACGACCGGGAAAUUGCGCAAAUUGUGAACGUCUCGGGUUAGAUUGUUCCUUUGCUUCAACGUCCAUUGCGCUGAGCGUCCCGCGGAGAUUGCGAGGUGUGCGAGCUUGCGCAACCUGCCGUGAAUCCAAGAUAAAGUGUUCAGGUACAACGCCACGAUGCUCCAACUGUAAACGCCGAGGGCGUACAUGCGUCUAUCCGACGCCUAAGCGACCGACUUUGGAUUUAGUCUCCUCUACAUCACCUGUUGAAGAAGAUGAGGAGGCGGGUACAGUUACUAUAUUAGAAGGCAUGCUAAGCCUUGUCGAUAUUUUCUUCGAGAAGAUCUAUCCUAUGCCGUCAUUUGCAUUUUUGCAUCCCGCAUCGACCAAGAGACGAUGUAGGGACGGCGCGCAGAAUAAGGUACUGGUUCUAGCUAUUAGCGCGAUGACUUCCCUCUACACAUCACAGAACUUGGAAGAAGCGUCUAUCUGGAUCGAGGAAUCUGAGCAAUAUAUUUGGCAGCAUAUCGAAUCCCCCACAAUACCACGCUUACAAGCCCUUCUUCUAAUUAUACAUUACCGUAUGGAAACCAGCCGCUUCCAGAGAGCCUUUAUGCUUAUAGCCAUUGCGGCUCGCUCUGCUGCAGCCAUGCGCCUGAACCACGAGCGACAGGAUCUCGAUCCCAUCGCCAAGGAGGUGCGCCGGCGGAUCGUGUGGUCGCUGAAAAUCACAGAAAGAUACUUCUCCGUUGGACUUCCAGAAUUUGAGCUUUGCCCUUUCGAGAGUAUAUACCUCCAACUACCAAGUUCGGAGGAAGAAUUCAGUGGCGUUGAUCAGCCUGGGGAUCACGGGUCAUACAGUCUUCACGUAAGAUUAGAGAAUGUCCGGAGGGAUAUCAUGAAAUUAACAAGGGCCAUAACACUCUGCGAACAACCCUAUCCUUUGUUACCUAAGCUCCUCCGAGAUUUUAGGCAAGGUCUGGCUGAGGUCGGCUCGGUGAUGCUGGACGGUACCGAGUUAUCACCUCAUCAGAUUGCUGAAUUGUUAGGAAACCCUUGGCUACCCCGAAGAGUCCUAGCCAUUGUUUCAUGGCACCAGUGCCACUGCGAUUUAUAUCGUAUAUUAUUAAAUGGGUAUCCUGAAGCUGCCCCUGCUGUAGUGCUUCGCGCUAUCGGCUCUGAUGAUAUAACGGCAGCAGAGCGAUGUUGCCUAAAACAUUCCAUGUCAAUUGUUGAUAUUUUAACCAACCUCAAUCAACAGAGCACGGACUGUCAUUUACUGGAAUUUGAUGUAGCUAUUUGCGCGUAUCACGCCGCACGUCUCCUCCUUUUCAUCUCGCGCUUUGGUACAAUUAGAGACCGUCCUAGCCCAGAAUUCGCUACCAGCAGAGUCGAUUUAUGUCUAAUCGCAUUGAAACGAUUCUACGGCUCUUCGGUGCUCGUCCGACCAAUAAUUGAGGAAAUGGAACGUUCUGUUAAGACAUUUUCUCAACAAGGCCACUCCUCUGUUUCCCCACCAUCUAAUGCCAACGCUGAGCCCUCCGGAGACUCCGAAGACCAACUUUCAUCGGUUGCGAAAACCCGACAACGACUUGCAAUUCACAGCCUCCUGAGGCAGGCAGAUUUUUCAGACGGGGAAGAGAACGAUAGAGAGACAGAAACGGCUCGGCAGAAGAGUCUAAAGGAUUCAGAGACAUCAUUUGAUGAACAAGUUUCCUCAGACAAAGACAAGCACCUCUCCACGCAAACCAAAUCAUUAGCCAUGCAAGAUCGAGAACCCUUACCUUCAGAAUAUAACAUUGAAGACUAUUCGGGAAACAGUUCAAAUCAGGCAGCUCAAUUUUAUGGCGACUCGGCCCCCAGCCCAUCCAUGUCGGACCAAACAGAGAGUCUUCAAUUCCCAUUUUCCUUGUGGUUUGGGCAAUAUGACAAUGAUUGGCUUCAAAACCCCUUUCCGUGACGAGAAGAAGGGACUACACCCAAUAUGCUAGUAUGGAGCAUCCUUCAUCAACCCAACACGCUUGGAUCAAAUUUCGGAAAUGCGAUUUAUAUACAGUUUUU